AUGAGCCGAGCGGCCGAGAGCCGAGCGCACACGAACGCGCGAACGCAACAACGGCGGCGAAGUUGUAUCCGUGACCGGUUCGGCAGCAUAAACCCGGCGGGCCGGAAUGAGGCAAAAGAGCACGCAGAAGUGGGCAAGCAGCGAAUACCGGUUCUCCUCUGUCAACAGUUGGCACUGCACCUUCCUGGCUUCCAACCUCAACCCCUAAACAUGAAGCCAACACACCUGAAAGUAUGCUCGCAAAGAAGUGAAGCAAAAAAAAAUCAUAACAACAUCGUCACACACACUGAUACUAAUUUGAGAAACCUCAGCCAGGCCACCUGAAGCAGCUGGGCAGGGCUCCGGAGGGAUUUGAACACGUCGCUUGCACUUGGUGAGCAUAGAGAGAGAGAGAGGCCACAACAUAAGCCAACCAUAGCCAAACCAUCAACAGGCAAGUGGAUUUUGUGCAACCUGCUUGGUGGUGGUGCUGGCUUGAUGGAGUUAAAAAAUCAUGCCAAGGAUUUCUUGUGGUUCAAAUAGGCUAAUGUGAGCUUCUCAGGCCUACCUCAACCGA